CUCUUCAGUUUCUUCACUGGUUCGUUAUCCUUUACUUUAUCUUUUCUUUUGUUUUCUUUUCUUUUCUGGCAUUAUCUAUGUUCUAUGGGUUAUGUUCGUUGACUUGGUUCCUGGAGCACUGUUUGUUAACUGGGAUGUGGCAGAGAAGGGAGAGAUCUGGGUGGUAACGAUUCCGAUGAAGGAAAAUGUCAAUGAAUCAAGCUGAUGAUAUAAUCCAAUCGUCAAUUUAUUCCACCCUUUCUCCUUCUUUUUGUUUUAAAUUGCUAAUGGGUGGGUUUUCAAUUUUUUUGUGAGGUUAAUUGUUGCACAGAAUUUUGAUUUGAUUGCCAUAGGAGCGCAUUGGGGGUCUAAAAUCAAGCAUGUGUUGGAGAUGAAUUCUAUUGUGAUCAAUCUGUUUGUUGUAUGUCAAGAAAUAUGCACACCAAGUAGUGCAUUGAAUGAUGAAUUUGGAAAUUCCAUGGGAAUCUCUAAUUUUGCUAUACUGUAGAAUCAUCCACUGUCACUUUCAUUUCUUUGACCUUCUAUUCUAUUAAGAUUGCCUUUUUCUUUCUCGUCUUCCUCUGGUUACUAGACUGGUCUUCUGUUUCCAUGUGGGUUCCUGUUAUUGUCCCCCGUCACCCCCAUCACCACCCCAUAUACACCCACACACAAAUGGAACAUUUUGUAGGACUUAGGUGAUAUAUAGGGAAGUUAGCACAUGGGUCACAUGGGUGAAUGCUUAUGUGUAAUUUGGAUCUCAGUGCACCUAUUAUCACGACUUGAGUUGCUUGACUUGCAAGACAAGUGCUUAACACGAUCUCUGCAUAAUGAAAACAUUGAAGCUUUUUUGAACUGGCUACUAGCGAGGCAAGCCUCAGGCCUCAAGGUGACCUGAAGGGUGCCUUUCAAAAUUUCCUUGAAGAGGUUUUCUUGCAUUUGAAGCCUAAUAAUAGAGACAAUGGGGGUUGUUUUCAAAGGAGGGUAAAAUAAAGGAGUUAGAAGGAAGUGUAAAAGUCUAACCACCAGAUCUAGGAUGGAAUUCAGGAUGGCCGGGGGAUAACAUAUGUCUGUUUGCAGGUGUGCGCAGAAAUGUGUUACAAGCGUUUUCCUCGUUCUCCUCUGCCCAACAUACCAUGCCUGUGUGCACAUGGUUAUGUUAAGUUGGAUGCAAGCACUUGAACAUCAGAAAUGGGUUCUGGAGAUUGGUUUAAAACAAUAAUUAGCCUAAAGAAAGUGAAACAUGAGAAAAAAAAACAGGGAUCCUUAACUAGGGAAAAAUCAACUGGAUUGAAAUGGAGACACUGUUAUCAGAAGGAGUCUACUAACCUUGCUAGUAGUGCUACAAGAGGAGAUCGACGGGCUCUUUGUUUGCCAGUUGAGGAUGUAGCUGCCACUCGGAUUCAGAGUGCAUUCCGGGCAUUUAUGGGUAGGAGAAUGUUCUGUCGAUUGAAAGGGACAGUUAGAUUGCAGAUCUUGACCCAAGGCCAUUCUGUUAAAAAGCAAGCUUCAACUAUGUUGAGCCGUCUUCAUUCAUGGAGCAGGAUACAGGCCCAAAUUAGAGCUCGGCGAAUCUCUAUGGUAACUGAAUGCCAGAUUAGACAAAAGAAACUGGAAAAUCAAUUAAAACUUGAGGCAAAGCUCCAUGACCUAGAGGUGGAUUGGUGUGGUGGCUCUGAAACAAUGGAUAAAAUUCUUGCGAGGAUACAUCAGAGAGAAGAAGCUGCAGUUAAGAGGGAGCGAGCCAUGGCAUAUGCAUUCUCUCAUCAGUGGAGGGCCAACUCCAUCCAGAACCAAGGGCUGGGUACUUACGAACUUGGGAAAGCCAAUUGGGGUUGGAGUUGGAUGGAACGUUGGAUUGCUGCUCGCCCAUGGGAAACCCGAGUAUCUGGUCACUCCCCCAUCCCUAAGAAAGGACAAAGUAAUAAGGCAAACCAAGUUAGCAAAAAAUUGAACACACCGAAAGCUAAAGUAUCAGUUUCAGUUAAACCUGAUUUUUCUAAUGAGAAGGGGACUACAAAAGCCCGAAGAUUAUCCUACUCAUCAGCUGAAAAACCAGCUGAGGCCCGAAGACUGUCUUACUUAACGGCUGAAAAACCAGCUGCACAAGGGAAGAGUGAAGUUGAAGAAGCAGACAAUGAGAAAGAACAAUUUGCAUCUUAGUACCAACCCAAUGACAUGGACUGAAAUGGGAAUCUCUUCGAUUUUCAGUCACUGUUAUUGUGGAAGACCAAUCUGUGAUGGGAUAUACGCUCUUGAAUUAUGUGAUCACUCUGAUUUAUUUAUGUGGAGUGGUGUGGAAGUAAUAUGGCUUCUCGUAUAUAGUAAGAGGAAAGAACUUGGAUAUGGGGUGCACUGCAUUCACAUUUAUUUUCUUUUAUUUUUUAAAUCCUUUUGCAUGUUGUAUGUUUUGGAAAGAUAUCUUAUUUAUGAACAUAGGAAAAUCAAUUUUCGUGGGUGAUUUGUAGAAUGUUGAAUUAUAAUGCCAGAAUUACCAGCCUUAUUCUCUUCUAUGCCAA